GGACUAGAUCCAGGAGUAGAGUCAGGACAAGAUCCAGGACCAGAGUCAGGAUCAGAUCCAGGACUAGAGUCAGGACUAGAGUCAGGACCAGAUCCAGGACUAGAGUCAGGACCAGACCCAGGACCAGAUCCAGGACCAGAUCCAGGACCUGAUCCAGGACUAGAGUCAGGACCAGAUCCAGGACUAGAGUCAGGACUAGAUCCAGGACUAGAGGCAGGACCAGAUCCAGGACCAGAUCCAGGACUAAAGUCAGGACCAGAUCCAGGACUAGAGUCAGGACUAGAUCCAGGACUAGAGUCAGGACCAGAUCCAGGACUAGAGUCGGGACUAGAUCCAGGACUAGAGUCAGGACCAAAUCCAAUACCAGAUCCUGGACUAGAUCCAGGACUAGAGUCAGGACCAGAUCCAGGACCAGAUCCAGGACCAGAUCCAGGACUAGAGUCAGGACCAGAUCCAGGACCAGAUCCCAGGACCAGAUCCAGGACCAGAUCCAGGACUAGAUCCAAGACCAGAUCCAGGACCAGAUCCAGGACCAGAUCCAGGACUAGAUCCAAGACCAGAUCCAGGACCAGAUACAGGACCACAUCCAGCACCAGUUCCAGGACCCGAUCCAGGACUAGAUCUAGGACCAGAUCCAGGACCAGAUCCAGGACCAGAUCCAGGACCAGAUCCAAGACCAGAUCCAGGACCAGAUCCAGGACCAGAUCCAGGACCAGAUCCAGGACCAGAUCCAGGACUAGAGUCAGGACCAGAGUCAGAAUGGGGUGUAACAUGUGUGUGGUGAACCGGCCGGAGCAACAGUACAAGGUCAUGUUCCAGAAGGGCUACAUAAACGGGACACUGAGACCUAUUGAUGGAAAUUGCAACAAGGUCAAAGGAAGGAGACCAUCUCAGCUGCCCCAGGAGAGAAAUACUCCAAACUCCAACUCCCAGGAUCCUUUGCUGCUGCAGGUGGUGGGGUGUAGAGGCUAUCGGAGGAAUGGUGGCACCUUGGGGCCAGGGGGUACCCUGGGUAAUGUAGGCACCAUGGGACUGGUGUCCAUCCCAGACUGUGUGGAUAACUGCACUCAGACUGACAUUAGCUUCCAGAAUAUUCUGACCGUGGGGAGGUCAACCCACCGCCACCCCCACGGCGGCUCUUCACCCACGCAACCACCACCCUCUCCUCCACUGCCUCACCUCACGGACCCUUAUCUACUGAAUGAGUUCUGUACCUACGAUCACGAGUACAACGAUCCCAAUGACUACUUCGACACAGCUCACCACGAAGUGGACAGGCAGGAGGAACUGGAGUACGAGGAGGUGGAGCUGUAUAAGUCCAGUCAACAGGACAAGCUGGGGUUGACAGUGUGUUACUGUACAGAUGAUGAGGAGGACCUGGGAAUAUAUGUAGGAGAGGUCAAUCCCAACAGUAUAGCAGCAAAGAACGGACGUAUCCGUGAAGGAGACAGAAUUCUGCAGAUAAAUGGUAUUGAUAUCCAGAACAGAGAAGAGGCGGUGGCCAUUCUGACCAGAGAGGACAGCAUCAACUUCUCACUGCUGCUGGCCCGACCUGACAUAGAGAAUGAGCACCAGGGGGACCCAGCGGAGGUGGAUAUGGAGAUGCCUCUCGGCAUGACUGUUGAGGCCCUCCACACCUGCCACCUGCCCAGCCUCUACCGAGAGGGGCCACACACCCCCACCCACAUCCUUAGUCUGACCACUCUCAGUAACAGUCAGGAGCUGGACAGUGGCGUGGGCCGUACGGACGAAAGCACCCACAACGCCGAGUCCUCUGAACAUGACCUGCUGGGAGACGACCAGACCAGCGCCCCAAACACCAACACAACCAACACCCCAGGCAGCAUGAGGAAGUUCAGGCCUGGGAAUACACCCUCGUCCCCCUUGCCCCACCUCCAAGAGAUACACCUCAGUAAUGACUCCCAGCCCAGGGUGGGGUUGUAUGGAGGAAAGGGACUGGGAGGGGGUUUGGGGACGGGGUUGGGGCUGGGGACGGGGACGGGGUUGGGGUUGGGAGGGUACGUACCCAACCCACUUAUGAUGAUGAUGAUGCCGGGUCUGACUGAGGAAGAGUGCGAGAGGUACAGGGAGCUACUGGAGAUCAGGUGUCAGUUUGAAAGAAGCAGGAAGCUUGCAGAGAGAAGCCAGGGAGGAAGAUCAGGGACCGAGGAGGACGAGGAGGAGCGCGAGAUAUGUGAGGAUGAAGGGGGGAGUGACUCAAAAGUCGAUGUAAACUGCAACGAGAGCAUGACGCAACACGAGAUGGCGUUGUUAGAGGAGGAACUACGUCAUCUCGAGUUUAAGUGUCGCAACAUCUUGAGGGUGCAAAAGAUGCAACAGCUGAGAGAACGAUGCAUGAAGGUGUGGCUUCUGGAGGAGGACGUCGUUGGCCGUGGAGCUCUACCCGCUGGUCCUGAAUCCGCCCCCGACCACGUCACAGACCCGGAGCCCGCCAACGAGCUCCACCGCGAGCUAUCGGACAUCAAUGAGCUCCCUGAGCGGGAGAGAUCCGACCCAGACCCAGACCAGGACAAAGACAGCACCAGCGCCUACAACACAGGGGGAGAGAGCUGCAGGAGCACCCCUCUGCUCAGCACCGAGUUACUCCCUCUGUCUUUGUCCAUCCAGGAAGAGGGUAGAGGAGGGGACACCCCCAACAGACACAGCCGAGACCGGGCCGACAAGGUCGGGUCUAGGCGGGGAUGGGAGAGAGGAGGACAUGGUAGUCUGAAUGGUUCCUUCUCUCCCAACAGCUACAGGAAGUACCAGAUCCAAAUGACCAAUGCCAGCACAAGCCCCGUCCAUCCUAAAUUCUGGUCUCUGACCCGGGGGGAUGAUGUUGUCGGGGUGGGGUCAUCAUUACAGAGGGGGAUAGCUGAUGGCGGAACAACCACGACACCCCCACGGAAGUCCCCCAGAGCUAACCCCACACACCACGACAGGUCAGGGGGUCGAACCGCAGAGUCCAGCCCGUACUUCACACGGCGUCGCCAAGGCAACAGGCCUCCGGCACCGAAACGCUACCAAAGCUGCAUGCAGCUGCCGUCGAGCGACCCGGUGGUCCGGAUCGACUCCCUGGACUCUGUAGACCGAGCCGUGGUCCUGGGGAUGGGUCUAGGCGAGAGAGGGGCUGCAGCGGGCAGCAGUGGUCAGGCCAGUCCCAGGAGUGUUAGUGGUGCCCCAGCAGACAGCACCGAGGCCCAGGACAGCCACACAGGUCUCCCCCUACACCUCCCUCUGCAGCUGGGGCUGACUGCACCUCGCAUGGAGUGGAAGGUGAAGAUCCGUAGCGACGGGACACGCUACGUUGCCAAGCGACCAGUGAGGGACCGCCUCCUUAAAGCCCGGGCCAUUAAGAUCAGAGAAGAGCGCAGCGGAAUGACGACAGACGACGACGCGGUCAGCGAGAUGAAGCAGGGACGUUAUUGGUCGAAAGAGGAGCGUAAACAACAGCUGCUGAGGGCCAGGGAGCACCGGCAGCGCCGUGAGUUCAUGAUGCAGAGCCGGCUGGACUACCUGAAGGGAGACAGAGAGCCACCGGGGGGAACUAUGGACGGGAAGGCUGCAGGAGGACCUCCAGGCCUGCAGGGGGAGACAGGUUGUAGUCCCAGUAUCCUGGCCCUCAGCCAGAAGAAGUUUAUGAAGAAGAGGAACAAGAGGAUCCUGGAUAACUGGAUCACCAUCCAGGAACUACUCGCUCACGGAUCCAGGUCACCGGAUGGAAAGAAGGUGUAUAAUUCUCUUCUCUCUGUUACUACAGUGUGAUGGAGGGAUGGGAGGAGAAGAGGAGAGCAGAGCAGAGCAGAGCAGAGCAGAGCAGAGCAGAGGAGAGGAGAGGAGAGGAGAAAGAAGGUCUACAACUCCCAGCUCUGUUACUACGGUGUGAUGGAGGAGAGGAGAGGUCUACAACCCCCAGCUCUGUUACUACGGUGUGAUGGAGGGAUGGGAGAGGAGAGGUCUACAACCCCCAGCUCUGUUACUACGGUGUGAUGGAGGGAUGGGAGAGGAGAGGAAAGGGAGAAGGAUGUAAAUAAAUCCAACCCAAGCGGAGAUGCAGGACAAAAAACAUAAAGAGUUGACAUAAUAUGGACAGAGAGAGGAACAGCAUCGGCAGCUAAAUGGUACAAUUGAAUGAGAAAUAACCUUGUUUAAAGAGGACUAAAGGAAGAGAAAGGGAUUUACGCUGUAAAUCAUGUACGCAUUGUAAACAUACCGUUGGUCAACAUGUGAUUCAUCCACAGGAAGUGAAUGAAUUACUAGAGAUGGAGAGAGAUGAAGAUGACUAUCGUGAAUUUUUAUUAGGAUACUUUUAGGCUUCCUGGCGAUAGAAUGUUUAUUCAGCUUAUAGAAUGUGUACAGUGCAGAGCUUCAUAUUUUAGUCAGCUGCUUUCUGUUUUUAUUAUUAUAAUUUUUUGUUUAUGAAUCCCAAGAAACCCAUUUUACUGAUGUAUAUAAAGAGAAAACGGUGUGAAAUGAUAUAGUCUUAUUAGGAGAGGGAAUCAAGCGAGAUAUAACCACAUCAUAUAACCAUGUCAGGAAGACUGUCAUUCAUUAGUGGUUAGAACGGCACACAUGACCAAACCUCAUCUCUGAGUAAACGACUAGAGAUGUGGAAGAGAGAGAGCAGAUAGGAGGAGAUGAGGAGAUGAGCGAGAGGAGGAGAUGAGGAGAUGAGCAAGAGGAGGAGCGGAGGAGAGGAGGCGAUGAGUGAUAGAAGAUGAGCGAGAGGAUGAGAGGAGGAGAUGAGGAGAUGAGGAGGGGAGGAGAGCGAGAGGAGGAGAUGAGGACAUGAGGACAUGAGCGAGAGGAGAGGAGGAGAGGAGCAAGAGGAGGACAUGAGGACAUGAGGACAUGAGUGAGAGGAGAGGAGGAGAGGAGCAAGAGGAGGAGAUGAGCAAGAGGAGGAGAUGAGGAGAUCAGGAGGAGAUGGGCGAGAGGAGAGAAGGAGAGAAUGAGACUAGCGAGAGGAGGAGAUAAGCAAGAGGAGAGAAGGAGAGAAGGAGACUAGCGAGAGGAGGAGAUGAGCGAGAAGGGAGGAGAUGAGUGAGAUGAGGAGAUGAGGAGGGAUGAGAUGAGGAGAUGAGUGAUAGAAGAGGAGGAGGAGAUGAGCGAGAGGAGGAGAUGAGCGAGAGGAGGAGAUGAGCGAGAGGAGGAGAUGAGCGAGAGGAGGAGAUGAGGAGGGGAGGAGAUGAGCCAGAGGAGGAGAUGAGGAGGGGAGGAGAUGAGUGAGAGAAGAGGAGGAGCAGAUGAGCGAGAGGAUGAGAGGAGGAUAUGAGGAGAUGAGGAGGGGAGGAGAUGAGCGAGAGGAGGAGAUGAGCGAGAGGAGGAGAUGAGCGAGAGGAGGAGAUGAGCCAGAGGAGGAGAUGAGGAGGGGAGGAGAUGAGUGAGAGAAGAGGAGGAGCAGAUGAGCGAGAGGAGGAGAUGAGCGAGAGGAGGAGAGGAGAACUCUAAAGUGGAGUGAGUUACAAACUUUGUGACUUUGGGGUUUGGGUGUAAGAGCGAAAGAAAGAGAGGAGGUUAAAGCACAGACAGUAAGACACAGAGAAAGAGAGACAAUAUUUUAUCCAUUGUUGCACACACAGAAGAAUGAGUAUUUUGUAUUAAGGGGCAGUAAGACACAGAGCAAGAGAGAGAGAAUGCUAAAGAGGGAUAGAGAGAGAAAGACAGAGAGAAAGAGAAGCUCGAGAGAGAGAGGCUGGAGAGAGCGAGAAAGCGAGAGAGAGAAAGAGCGUGAGAAAGAGUGAGAGAGAGAGAGAGAGAGAGAGAGAGAGAGAGAAAAGAGAGAGAGAAAGAGUGAGAGAGUGAGAGAAAAGAGAGAGAGAGAAAGAGAGACAGAGACAGAGACAGAGAGAGAGAGAGAAAAAAAACACACAACCUGACUGAAAUAAUGGCACAGAGAAAGCACACACUAGUUGAAUCAACGUUGUUUUCCACGUCAUUUCAAUGACGUGGAACCAACGUGGAAUAGACGUUGAAGUCUGUGCCCAAUGGGCAGCAGUCAAGUGACGACAACCCAGUACGGUCUGAACGAGAAAAUUACAUUUCAUUUUUUUUAUAACACCAUUUUCCUUCUACAGUUACACCCUAUUUCCUAUGAGGCUCUCUGGUCAAAAGUAGUGCACUAUGUAGGGAAUAGGGUGCCAUUUGGGAUGCUGAUUGCAGUGCCUGGUCUAUCCCAGUUGGCUGCUCUCAAACAGCCAAUAGGAGAAGGAUUGAUGUAGCAAAGUACCUGCAUCGUUUUGGAAAAAUGGAACAGUACAGACGUAAGAAUGUAUUUUGAAUAUUUACCGGAAUCUUUUUGCGUAUUUAUUUUGUGUGUGUGUGUGUGUGUGUGUGGCAAGUGUGUUUGUGUGUGAGCGAGCGAGCGAGAGAGAAAGAGGGAGAGAAAAACUGAAAGACCUUUCAUUAGUCAUUCGUUAGGACCACAAAGACUCCAAUGGAAAUACUCCUAAGCUUUAUUGUGUUAUUCUCAAUGAUUUUCUAAAACUGUCUGUGGAAGCGUCACAACCUGGAGCGCCCUUAUAUAUAUAUAUAUAUAUAUAUAUGUGUUUUACAAAUUGUUAAAUAAAAUUCAAUUAAUUAAUAAUCCGUCAGGGCAGGAUUCAAUCCGAUCGCUAUUAUUAUUGACAAAGCAGAUCAGAUUGAAUCCUGUCCACAUCAGUCUGCUCAGUGUAACUAUAGCUUUUCUUUUACAGUGAUAAGUACAUGACUAGGUGUUCGGUUGUUGAUCAAAAACCUCCAUGUCCGUAACAACGUUUGUUUAAUAUACGAAUAGUUUUACAGUAUGUGAUGUGCAGCACGAUACACUCAGUUGUGUUGUUCUGAAGAUAUGCUUGUUUUCAGGGGGUUCAUUGUGUAUUUUAAGCUAGAAACCUUCAUUAAAAACAAUAACAAA